AGUUAACAAUUAUUGUUUCCCUCCGGAUGCAGUAGUGCGUACAAGAAACGGCCCAUUGCUGAUGAAAGAUAUAGAAAUUGGAAUGGAACUUUUAGCUGUGAGUUCUAACCAUAAACCAGUUUAUAGUCCAGUUAUAUCAAUGUUGGACGUUGAUGAUGACCAACUAGCAAAUUACACAAUCAUAAAGACAUCAGGUAAUCACAAGCUGACACUGACGCCAAACCACCUUGUUCAUGCAAGCAAAACAAAUGACAUCUCAUCAUCUGUACCUAUAUUCGCUUCACAAGUGAAAAAAGGUGACAAGAUGUUUAUUGCUAAAUCUCCUGAUGUUAUUGAAGCAGUUGAAGUUGUUAGCACAUCUAGCAAAGUCAUCAAGGGUGCUUAUGCUCCACUGACAAGAGAAGGUACUGUGGUUGUUGAUGAUGUUGUAGCUUCUUGCUAUGCUGUUGUUAAUGAUCAUCAAUUUGCUCAUGCCAUGUUUGGCCCAUUACGUUAUCUUUAUGAUACUUUCCAUACUUCACUUCAUAGCAAACAGAAGCAAGGGAUUGCUUGGUAUCCUUCAAUGCUCCAGUCACUAGGUCAAGUGUUCCUGGAUGACAGCAACUACAAGCCAAUGAAAGUUGAAGAUUUGAUCAAGAGCAGUGAUUAGUAGAUCUACUUUGUAGAGUGAACUUUUAAUUAUUGUUAUAGCAACUUAUUGCUACUUUUUUAACAUAAAAAUAGUUUUUGCUAUGCAUGUGGCUUUAGCUGCAUGUUUUUGCUGCAUUGAUUUUAUUAUUAUUAUCUUUUAGUUUCAUAGUUUAAUUUUAAUUUUAA